CCUACCUCGUCAUCGCCUUUUCCAUUGGUGUUUUCCUCCGCCAUUCACCGUUCAAUGCAACCAAGACCGAGCGUGAUGGGGGGGAAGGAGGCCGACCGCUCGAGGCGAGGCCUUGAGCCAAGCCAAAUGGUUGGCUGGUUGUUCCUUGAUGACUCGCUUCUCAUGACUGUUGAAGUAAAGUAAAAGUCACAUGGAUCCCUUGUGCCGAACGUCUUUAUUCCUCGUUAGUUUCAGUUAGGAUACUACCUAGAGUGGCAAACCUCACAAUAUCAUGGUGGAAUAAGUGAACCCUUAAAACUGGACCGUUUAGACAGAUUUCAGUUUGGCGUGCGUCUUCUUUACUUUUGGUCAGGGUCUGGUCACGUGAUAAUGGAGGGUGUGGCCUUAUUCAACAUCCUUGUCCUCGUUGCCUUGCAAAUUCCUGGUGCCCUGACGCUAACCCUUAAUAUGAUCUCGGUUCCACCUCAUCAGACGAAUGGGACCGACAAUGCGGAGCUGAAAUGCGAAUUCGACAUGGAAGGAGAGAGCCUCUAUUCCGUAAAAUGGUACAAGGAUGACCAUGAAUUCUACAGAUUUGUGCCCAAUGAGCACCCCCAAUUACAAGUGUUCGAUGUCAACGGCAUCCACGUGGACAGACAUCGAUCCAGUCGAGAAAAGGUGGUUCUUCGAAACCUCACUCUCGAUUCUGCGGGCACGUACAAAUGUGAGGUCAGUGCCGAGGCUCCCAAUUUUCGGACCAAAUCCGGAAAGCAGGACAUGGUGGUCGUGGUCAUUCCUUCUAAGGCGGAAAUUGUCGGGGCACGCCCUAAAUAUCAAGUGGGCGACGUUGUGAACGUCACAUGCUAUUCUUACGGGUCAAAACCGGCGGCUUCAUUAACUUGGAAAGUGAAUGAUCAAGAGGUCACUCCGAUCUUUGAGACAUUCGGUGAUCACCAUGGAGUCCAAAGAACCAACUACCAGCGUGAUGGUGGUGGUAGUGGUGGUGGUGGUGGUGGAUAUCGAGAUGGUGGAUAUUGGAAGACUGACAGUGGGGUCAGGAGAAUGCCCUCAGAGAUGUUGCAGGCCGAGCUCAGAGAGUAUCAGCCUCGCGUGGAGCCCGAUGGGUUGGAGACCUCCAUCCUGGGAUUGAUUUUCAAAGUCAAGCCCCAUCACUUGGGCGAACUCAAAUUGGAGUGCAGGUCAUCCAUUGGAUCGGUCUAUUGGCAGAGCUUCCAGGAGAAAAUCCCCGUGGCGCCGCGGGAACAACCCGCCCGAUCCGGCAAUUGGUGGAGGUCCGCCAAUGCCAGCUCAAGAUUAGACACUGGUGGUGUCCGAUUCUGGAUAUUUGCUUUGUUCGCCUCUCUCGCCACAUUCCACUCUCGGUGCCUCUAGGAUGGAGCCAUUACUCAGCCAUAAAUGGCGCCCUAUUUUCCUGGACAUAAAAUAGAGGAGAAAGGGCAAUAAUGCCACAUGUUAUAUGACCUUUUCGCAGUUCAUGACCAAAACUUUGGAACCCUCUCAAAGGCCGAGACAGAGUGACCCAAAUCAACAUUGUACUCGUAUUCGAUUUAGUGUGUCUUCGCUGUCUUCGGUCAUGUGUAGCAAGAAACAAACGCAACGUCACCUUGCGUCCACGAGUUCCAAAGAGACAAAGUGGUCACCCUGGCCAAGUUCUAGUUCUGCUCACCUCUGUCUUGUCAUGAACCGGAAAUGUGCUAUGUGCUGUCUGUUCAAGGCAAAUUCCCAAAUCCAGGUGGACAAAGGCCAAGGAACAUGACUGGGGUCAGAAAAUAUGUAAGAAGUGAGUGAGUGGCAAUGCUCUGUUGUGUUUCAGACGAAUGAAAGGACAAAAGAAGGUUCAGAACGACAAAUAGUGCAAUAAUUUUCCCUGCGUUAGUAUGAACAGUGCUGAUCAGGUCUUUGGUUACAAUGGCCAACCCAACUCCCAAUUUCAACACCCCUCUCCACCCCCUCUUAAAAACAUAUCACAAAUAAUAGAACUGUUGUGCACCUUCUAAUCUUGAUUACAUAUUAUAUAUAAUAAUGAUACUAAUAGAUUCUACAAUUGAAAAAUAACUAAAAUGAUACAUUGUCAAUCAUAUUUGGUCUAGAAGAAUAAAUGUCUUUAUAGAGUGUUCA